AUGAUUGCCCUCUGCUUGUUUUUAUUUUGUGCAGUUCAGGGCCAGCAGUUGGUCCUCAAGGAGCUGCACACUCUGCACCAAUGGACGAACCUCAGUUUGGGCGACGAUCUGUCCAAGGGCAAUCGCUUCCUGCCGGUGGAUGUGGACAUUGAAUACGGCGAUGAGGGCAGACAUCGCACCUUCCUAACAAUUCCGCGACUUGGCAUGGCCACGCCCUUUACACUGGCCACCGUGGUUGCGGAAGACAAUGCGGUGGUGGAGAAUCCCCGGCUGGAGGCGUAUCCCAGUGAAGAGUGGCAUGUGCCGCCCAAUAACUGCUCGGGCAUCACCUCGGCCAUCAGAACCUAUAUCGACGAAUGCUGGCGACUCUGGGUGGUGGACUCUGGUCAGGUAAACUCCCUGCAGCUUUGUCCUUCCCAAAUUCUUACCUUUGAUCUAGUCAAGGACGAACUUAUACAGCGGCACUCACUUCCCCCCGAAUCCUACACCCCCAGUGUAUCCAUCUUCACCGCUUUGGUUGUUGAUUUGGCGGAGAGUGGGACUCCGAAUCGUUGUGUGGGUGGAAAGGCCUAUAUAGCUGAUGCCUGGGGAUAUGGCCUGAUCGUCUUCGACUCCUUGUCGGGUAGAUCCUGGCGCAUUGAGCACGAGACCAUGAAGCCGCCUUCUCCUUUAGGGGGAUUGGCCCGCUCCAGCAAUUCGCAGGCGGGAAUAUUCACAGUGAGCCUGAGUCCCAGUGAAGUGGAAGAACGCUUUUUGUACUUCCACACGCUGAACGCCUUCGAUGAGGUGAAGGUGUCCCUCGCCCUGAUCAACAACGAAACCCACUGGAAAUCGCCGAAUGCCAGCGAAGAUCACUUCCGCAUCCUGGGAACCCGGGGAAUCCAGUGCGAAUCGGAGGUGAUGGAUGAGUCGGGCAAUCUCUUCUGCAGCCUCAUCAGUUUGGGUGCCCUGGUGAGGUGGAAGGAGGAGAGUUCCAAUUACACGGCGGACGAACUGCGAGUGGUGGCCUACAAUCCGCACAAGAUCAAGUUCGUCACGGGCCUCAAGAUCAACCGGAAUUCCAAAGGAGAGGAGGAGCUCUGGGCCUUGAGCAGUCAGCCGAAACUCUUUGUGGGCGGCACUUUGCCCGAGAACGAGGUCAAGUUCCAAAUAAUUGGCUGCCGAACGGCUGACCUGCUUGCCAAUACGCCAUGCACAGUGGGCGCAGCAGAAACCACGCCCACCAACGUUUAAAUAAAUCUGAGUUUUAACGAGUUUUAAACUA